AAGAGUUUAUGAAGCUUUCUAGAACACCCUGUUUUGUCAAGUCACUUUCUAUAAAUCUCUUACUUUUGAGUUUUGUCUUCGUCUAUAUUUCUAUUUUUAUAAGGACUCUACGUGAAACAUCUGCAUAUUCGCAUUUUCUUUCUCUCUCUUUCCUUUUGUUAUCAAAAAAUAUGAUCUUGCAAAAUCAACAACCAUUUUCUUCUAAUUAGCAGAAAAACAGAGGAUAAAGGCAAAAACAAAAUCUAAAUCAUGUAUUCUGGUUCAUUAAUUUCUGGGUUUUAUUGUUGGGGAUGGGAAUUUUUAACUGCCCUUUUGCUUUUUAGUUGUUCUUCUUCUUCCUAAAUUGUUAUUCUUCCAUUUUUCUAGAUUAAUUAGCUAUUUUUCUUGAGUAUAUUUUAGGUAAAAAAAACAGGGGAAAACAGGGGAUUUUUUUAAAAAAUAACUCAUAUAGUUGAGUUUAUAGAGUAGUUGAAUAAAAAUGGGGCAAAGGUCAACUCCUGCGCCAUUUUUGACGAAGACAUACGAGAUGGUGGAUGAUAAAACUUCAGAUGAUGUAAUUUCAUGGGGGGAGAAUGGGUCAACUUUUGUUGUUUGGAAAACUGCUGAGUUUGCUAAGGAUUUGUUGCCCAAAUUCUUCAAGCACAACAAUUUCUCAAGUUUCGUUCGCCAGCUUAACACCUAUGGAUUCCGCAAAAUUGUGCCGGACAAGUGGGAAUUCGCCAAUGACAACUUCAAGAAAGAUCAAAAAGAUCUCCUCUCCGGAAUCCGCCGCCGGAAAGCAACACUCGCCGUAAAAGUCACCGGCGUCGUCACAUCACCGUGCAUAUCCGGCGACGACGCUGGGUCCACAUCCACGGCAUCACCAGGUUCCGUAGAAAUCGCGGAUUUAUCGGGUGAAAACGAGAAAUUGAGACGAGAUAACGAGAUGCUAAACUCAGAGCUAGCCCAAACAAAAAAACAAUGUGAAGAGUUAAUGGGCUUUCUUACGGCCCAUUUGAAAGUGGGCCCAGAUGAGAUAAACCAUAUCCUAGAGCAGGGGAUGGUGGUAUCAUGUGGGGCCCACAAAGAUGGGUUUGUUGGAGAAGAUGACUUUGGAGGUGUUGAUAAUAAUGAAGAAGAAGAUGGUUUCAAAUUGUUUGGUGUUUGGUUGAAUGAAGUUGGUGGGGUCAAGAAAAGAGGAAGAUGUUAUGAUGAAUUUCAAAGGGACAAUAAUUCUAAUUUGGGCUUUAAUGGAGCCCAAUGUCGUCGAAAGAUCAUGAAGAUUCCUUCAUAAAUUACUAAUAGUAUAUACAAUAAUACUACUAAUGCAUAAUUUGUUCAAUUUUCUCGUCUUAUAAAUGUCUUGUAUAAGGAGAAAUGGUUAUGGAUUAGUCAAUGUGGUUGUUGAAGUUUGAAGAUUCAUGAUGGAUAGAUGAAACAAUGGCGGAUUACAAUAUGCAUUUGUAAUUUGUUUUAGAUGUUUCUGUUUAGUUUGGACUAUAUAUUGCUAUAUGUAUUUAUGAAUGUAUUAAAUAGUGGACAUUGGCUUGAAUAGAACAAGGGAUAAUAGGAACUAAUCCUCUAAUAUAUUGUUAAAGUAAGUGGAGUUAUACAAUUUGCUCAAAGUAC